UACUAAUCAUUCUAUGUUCAUCUUUAACCAAAUAUUUUGACGGUUUAACGUGGAUAGUUUUAAUUUAUGGAAUUGACAAGUCUACGUACGUCACCAAACGUUCCUAAAAAGUAAUUAAUGCAGGUAAUGAUCAUUAUUUAGAAAACCGAUUCUAGUGUACUAUAAAGUUAAAUUCUUCAUCCUAUUCCUUUAUCCAACCCAGUUUCAAUUUCAGAAGACACUUCCCACCUUGACUUGAACCUAUUUAUACCAAAGCUUUAAGCAUUAUGUAGUUUUGGCUAUGUUUAACCCAAAUGCGUAGAACAUGUAUCAUGCGUUCGUAUGAGUUCCUCAGUUGGGCAGUACUGCAAUUAUACCAAGACUCCGCGUUAUUUUGCGAAGGUUUCUGGUCACUUGACCUUUUGGGCCGUGUAUUGCUUAUCCCUUCGGACUAAGCAACCGACCGCGUUGAGUGCAAGUGUGUUUGAGCAUAAUUUUGCAUUCCAUUCGUGUGUAGUGAUAAAAUUUCGUUUGGAGGACAACACCAAAUUGGAUUCGUUUUCAAAAUUUUCGUUUACUUCAUGGUGUGCCUAUCCUCAUAUUACCGUGGACUACUCCUGCCUUUGUGUAUUUUAGCUUAGGCAGGCGGAAAAAUAAGUAAAAUAGUUUUUUCUUCGGCUCAAAGAAGAAUAAACCGAGACCUUGAUGCAUCGGGCGUCUCCGAAAUAAUCAUCAUCCUUAUCUAACCUUUCCUCAAUUUUAUUUUAUUUAUUGUCGUAUAUUAUUGAGUUAAGAUAUGACUUAUACUCCGUUGCACUUAUUUACACAGAUUUAGGUAUAUACAUUUACUAUCAUUUUAAAAGCAUGUAAUAUGGACAGACAUUUAAUAAUCCCGGUAAAAUCAAUUACUAGGAGUCUUAAAAUGUGGUAAAAUUGUUUAUUUGUUUUGUGCGUGGUUUUUUUUCAUUAAAUGCAGGUGUUGGAUGUUUUUUGGUUAAUGUGGAACAAAUAAUACAGUAUCCAGAAAGGUACAGGCAAAAUAAGCCUUUAUUGUAAUGCAGUGAGUAAAUUACUACUUUCAAGUCCAUAGCAAAAUAUAACAGCGAUAGAAUAUAAGCCGUCAAUGAAUGUGUUAUUUAGUUAGUCAAAAUUUCUAUACAAAUUAAGUGUAUACAAUUAUUUUAGAAAUAACAGACCGGGGGGAUUCUUCUUUGUGAAAAAGAAUCAGGACCCGAAUUCUAACCAAUCCGAGAUAUUACUGGUGCCAUUUGGGCCAGCGGGCACGAACGAACAGUUCCAAGCACUUGUUAACAUGCAGCAAAACUCACCGACAGCGAUGCAAGCUGUACAAAUGAAACUAAAAAUUAAUAAACCGAUACCAAUAAAUAAUUUAAAACUGGAUGCGGACAAAAUAUGUUGGAUUGAAGGCGGUCAGAAAGCAUCGCUUGAUAUGAAUCAAAAUGCGACAGCUACAAGUGAAAUUAAAAUACAAACAAGUCAAUCCAGUACUUUGCCAGUAACUUCGACAGUCACUUCUGUAAAUAAUACAGAAUCUAAGUGGUGUAACAUUAUUAUAGAACCAAAACUAAAUAAAAUGAAAUUAAUGUCCAUCUCUCGAGCUUGUGAUGAAAACCCACCUGAAACCUGCAACAUUCCAGUUCAGCCAAAGGUGGAAGAGGCUUCAACCAUUUUACCGAGUGAUUUGUUUGAGUCAGAUGAAGAGGAAAUUCAAACGAAAUCGGACCCAGAGACUUCGUUCAACUCUAUUUAUAAAAAUGAAGUUACUGACCAAUGUUAUAUCACUAUAGAGCCAAAAUUCGACCAAAUUCCUUCGACAUCCUCCGCGUAUAUAGACGAUUUUGAUGAGACAACUACUGAGCCAAUGCCUUCAACGUCAGAUUCUGCCUAUUAUAUGGAUGAACCUAGCACAAGUAUAAACGACAUACAGCCAAAACAUGAUAUAGUGCAGACUGCAUUGGAUUCUAUAUCUUUUAUAGGCGAUGAAGAAAUAAGCCAGUCAACAGGUAUAACUGAUAUUGAUCCAAAGAUUGAACCAAUUCUUUCAUCGUCAACUUCUGCGGAUUGUAUAGAGGCGUUUGAAACAAGUAACAUUGCAGAGUCAAACUCAGAACAAGAACCUUCAACAUCCUUUGUAUUUACAGAUGAUGAAAUUGAGAAAAGUAUCGCUGAUAUUAUGCCAUCGCUUGAGAUAAUCCCUUCAAAUAUCUCUGCUUCUACAGAUGAUGUUGAUAUGCCUGAAACAAGUAGCACAAAUAUACAGACAAAUGUAAUCCCAUCAACUACUUCGAGUAAUGAUGAAUCCGUGCCAGAGUCAAGCAACACACAGCCACCUAUUGAGCCAGGGAUAUCGAUUUCUGAUACUGAAUCAAACGAUUCAGCCGUAGCUGCGAGACAUAAUAUGAACUGUCAACAGAAGUCUGAGCAAAUGACUUCCAACUCGGAUGAAAUUUGUAGCUGAAACACCUGUUCGGCGGGCGUCUCGCUAUCGGCCCAUAGACCCGCCCGAGCGAAUCGUGA